UCCCUCUCCCAAGUGUGCUCCCAUAUUGCCUGUGUUUUUUUGGGGGGGCCGUGGGCAUUGAGCUUGUGUGCGUGUGUUUAUUUAAAAAGACAAGAGGAGCGUGUGCUCGGCUGGUGCCCUUUCGCAGUACAGAGGACUGAUAACUCCGCACAGGAUGCAUCAGCUGCUGGUGGCGACCUUAGUGCUGGUGGCACUCUGCUCUUUGGGGAGCGUGGAUUCUUCGGCCUAUGACAAGAUAGUCACCCACAGCCGCAUACGGGCCCGGAAUGAGGGACCCAAUGUGUGCGCUCUGCAGCAGGUCAUGGGGACCAAGAAGAAGUACUUCAGCACGUGCAGGAACUGGUACAAAGGCACCAUCUGCGGCAAGAAGGCUGUGGUCGUAUAUGAAUGCUGUCCUGGGUACAUGAAGCUGGAGGGCAUGAAAGGAUGCCCUGCAGUGGCUCCCAUCGACCAUGUGUAUGGUACACUGGGACUUGUAAAGGCCUCGACCACACAGCAAUACUCUGACAUAUCGAAGCUGAGAGAGGAGAUUGAGGGUAGAGGCUCGUUCACCAUGUUUGCACCGAGCAACGAGGCCUGGGAUCUGCUGGACCCUGCCUUGCGUUCUGCACUGGUGAGCAACGUGAACAUCGAACUGUACAACGCUCUUCACUACCACAUGGUGAACCGUCGUCUUCUGACCAAAGACAUGAAGAAUGGCAUGACUGCCAUGUCCAUGUACAAUGACCUGGGGCUCUACAUCAACCACUACCCGAAUGGGAUUGUGACAGUGAACUGUGCCAGGAUCAUCCAUGGUAACCAAGUGGCCACAAAUGGCGUGGUUCAUGUCAUUGACCGCGUCAUCAGUGCUGUGGGUAACACAAUUAAAGAUGUCCUGGAAGUCACAGAUGAACUCUCCUCUUUCAGCACUGCAGCUCUAGAAUCUGGUAUGAUGGACAAGCUGGGCGACCCUGGCCAAUACACUUUAUUCGCUCCAACUAAUGAAGCCUUUGAUAAACUGAGUCCAGGCUACCUGGAGCGUAUCAUGGGAGACAAGGAGGUUGUUGCAGCCCUGGUGAACUACCACCUGUUGAACAGUGUCCAGUGUGCAGAAGCGAUCAUGGCAGGAACAGCGUACGAAACCGCAGAGGGCAGCACCAUAGAGAUCGGCUGUGAUGGAGACUCUCUGACUGUGAACGGCAUCAAGAUGGUGCUGAAGAAGGACAUAGUGACCACCAAUGGGGUCAUCCAUCUCAUAGACAAGGUGCUCAUCCCUGACUCAGCCAAGGAAGUGAUGGAGCUGAUGGGAGACUCCCAGAGCACCUUCAAUGACUUGGUGUCUGAACUGGACUUAGCAGCCGCCCUGGGUCCACAGACACAGUACACACUCCUUGCUCCUGUCAACACUGCCUUCACAAAGGAGGUGAUGUCAAUUGACCAGAGCCUGCUGAAGCUCAUUAUGGAAAACCACAUCUUGAAGCUUAAAGUCACACUGAGUGAGCUCUACAACGGACAGCAGCUGGAAACCCUCGCAGGAAAACUGCUCAGAGUCUUCAUUUACCGCACUGCAGUGUGCAUUGAAAACGCAUGCAUGGUGCGUGGCGGUAAAGAGGGAAGCAAUGGGGCCCUUCACCUCAUGAGGACCUUGAUCAAACCGGCCGAGAAAACAAUCUAUGAGGUCCUGAUUGCUGAUGGACGGUUCAAGAUUUUCCUGUCAUUGAUGGAGACCGCAGGUCUAGAGGAUCUGCUGAAGCAAGAAGGCUCCUACACCAUCUUCGCACCAACUGACGAUGCCUUUGCAGACCUCAGUAAAGAGGACUUUGCUCUGCUCAAAAGUGAUGUAAAUGCUUUGAAAACCAUUCUCCUGUACCACUUCAGCAAUGGUGUCUUCAUCAAUGGAGGACUGGAAGGCGGAGUUACCAAUCUGCUCAAAACCCUCCAGGGCAACAACCUGCAAGUUAUAUCAGUAAACAACUCAAUCCAUGUCAACUCUGUUGAUGUGCCGGACAGUGACCUGAUGGCAACAAAUGGUGUGAUCCAUGUGGUGAAGAAUGUUCUCUAUCCUGGGGACCUCCCUGUGGGCCGUCAGGACCUCCUGGUCCUCUUGCAGAAGCUGAUUAAAUACAUCCAGAUAAAGUUUGUGUCUGGAUUUUCUUAUGCUGAGAUCCCACUCACCAUCACAAGGAGAACCAUCACAACUACUCAUUAUAUUGAAAGCGAGCCAUCUGUCAAAGUGACGAGGAUCAUAACCCAACCGACUGUCACUAAGGUGGUGGUUGAGGGAGAGCCUGAAGUCACCAAACUCACCAGAGUCAUUCAGACAGAGCCUUCAGUCACCAAAGUCACCAGAGUCAUUCAGGGACAGCCUACCAUUACCAAAGUUACCAGAGUCAUUGACGGGGUUGGCACAGAUGGAAAAAGGAUCACGGGUGGAGCCGGAAAAACCAUGGUGAUCGAGCCUCAGAUCAUUGCGGGCCCAGACCUUUCCAAGAUCACCACCCUCCACGGAGACCCCAAUCUGAUCAAUGAGGAAUCAGAGAGAAUUACCAAAAUUAUCCAAGAGGGAGGUAGAUUCGCUGCUGCCAGAAAAGCUCCAGCUGGAAUGAGGAGGAGAGCAAGGCCAGUCAAGCGUCACCACAAGCCAAGGGAGUGAAUCCAACCAACGGAAAAGCACCCUCGGGCUCACCGCAGAGACUGAAUGCAUCUCCGGCGCUCCUGGUCGAGUGUUGGACUUUUAAGAAACUGUGGAUCAAUAUGCAGACAUCAAAUCAAUCCUGCGAUUUCUUUGUCCAUGUUUACUAUUCCAUCUGGACCAUACUGUAUGUGAUAGGCAUGAUGUGUAAUAGCUAUGCGAUGACAUUAGAAUACCCUUCUUGUAAGUAAUGUAAGUUUGCAAGGGAAAUAUCUUUACCAUGGGCUGAAUGGGGGUGAAAUGUAUUCUACCACAGAGAAUUUCCUUUGGUUUACCUUUUUUUUUUUUUUUGUAAACCGUGUUCCUUUGUAAACAGAUUACUAGGGAGGGCUUUUGUAUGCUUUUGGUGCUCGCAUUCUGUACAAUGGAUGCAUUUUACUGAAUAAGAGAAACAGUGUUUUACUACCAUUGAAUGCUGUGUUGUACCUUUGUAAAUUAUGACAUGGUAAAUAAAAAAACACAAUGCAUUUUUCCAA